AUGGCUAGAUACGCAGACGAAAUCGACGCCGACGCCGACGAGGCACGGCCGCUUCUGGUCGAUCCAGACGACAUCACCCCGAGACCAACAACCGUUCCAUACGACGCGACAAAAGCACCCGAUGAAUCCUCGACCGACGAAGAAGCCGGCUCCGUCACCGACAUCCAGCCCUCUCGAGCGACAGAAGACGACAUCCUCCCCGAAACCUCACCCCUCGGCCGAACCGUAACGUGGGGAAGCGCCUACGUCAUCGUUAUUUCCCGUGUCAUCGGCAGCGGCAUCUUCGCGACGCCCGGCUCCAUCCUUCGAACGGUCGGCAGCCCCGGUAUAGCACUCGUGCUCUGGAUCGUGGGCGCCCUCGUGGCUGCGUGUGGACUCGCCGUAUCUCUCGAGUAUGGAUGCAUGCUUCCACGGUCCGGGGGCUACAAGGUCUACCUCGAGUUCACCUACAGAUAUCCCAAGUUCCUCGCCUCGACCUUGGUUGCUGUGCACAUAAUCAUGCUGGGCUUCUCGUCGAGUAAUUGUGUCGUCUUUAGUCGAUAUCUGCUAUUCGCGCUCGGUAUCGACGGCGAGGCGAGCGAUUUCCUCCGCAAAUCCGUCAGUGUCGCCCUGUUGACAGUCAUCACGAUAAUCCACGGCUGCUUUCCCAAGUCGGGCAUACGGAUCCAAAACUGGCUUGGAUACAUCAAGGUCGGGAUCAUCGUGUUUAUGAUCCUCUCGGGAGUCUACGUCGUCGCGUUUCAGCGCGUCACCGACAUACACGGCGAUCGAUACGCGCCCUCGUGGGAUAACGUUUGGGAGGGCUCCGUCUGGAACUGGGGCACCAUUGCCGUGGCCUUUUUCCAGAUAUCCUACUCGUACGCAGGCCUCGAUAACGUCAACAACAUCCUUAACGAGGUCAAGGACCCUGUUCGCACGCUGCGUUCCGUUACAUCGACCGCGUUGGUGACCGCUGGUGUGCUCUACACAUUGAUAAACGUGGCGUAUUUCAUGGUCGUCCCCGUACAAGAGAUUAAAGAAAGCGGUGAGAUGAUUGCAGCCCUCUUCUUCGAGAGACUGUUUGGGCCUCAUUUGGGGAGGGUGGUGUUGCCUUUGGCUAUUGCCCUUUCGGCAUGUGGGAACGUCAUGGUCGUCGUCUUUGCCCAGUCUCGUCUCAAGCAAGAAAUUGCCCGCCAAGGCCUUCUCCCCUUUUCCGAUUUCCUGUCCUCCACCCGCCCAUUCAACUCACCACUCGGCGGCCUUCUCGUUCACUACAUCCCCUCGUUCCUCGUCAUCGUCCUGCCGCCCUCAAAAGAAGUAUAUUCAUUCAUCCUCUCCGUCGAGGGAUACCCGGGACAAAUAAUCUCAUUCGCCAUCGGCGUGGGUCUCAUCCUGCUGAGAUUCAAGCGCCCAGAUCUACGUCGACCGUACAAAGCGUGGACUCCCGCCGUACUCCUGGUGCUGUGUCUACAUAUUUCCCUGAUUGCGGCGCCUUUCUUUGCCCCUGGAGGGUUCCCUACAUACGCCAUUGUAGGAAUAAGCAUUCUUUUAUUUGGUCUUCUGUAUUGUACAUCCUUGCCAGCGACUCUUCUGGACCUGACCGGUUACUCCGCCACACCCACAGCCGUCAGUAUCAGCAAGAUCUACUGA